AUGGACGCCGAGACGGUGACGAGCGCACUGCGCGCGGCGUCGAAAGUAGGUUCUGCCGCAGUGGUCAUCAUCGAGGUGUGCGACGCGAGCGACGAUCCGUCGUCAUCGACGUUCGUGUUUCAACGGAAAACGGCUGGAUAUCCCGCGGCACACUUCGUCGGUUCGCUGUGUUUAUUUGGCGGCAACGCUGAAAAAGAAGACGCGACGGCGCGCGCGACGUUGGAGAGGGAGCUCGCAGAGGAGCUUCCGGACGCGUUCGUAAGCGUCGUCAUGGCUAACGCGCGCGCGCACGGGCGGUACCUCGUUGCGGACGCGAAAGGCGCGUACGCUUUCAUCGCGUGCGCGUUCGCGGCGAGGAUACGCGCGACCAACGUCGACGUCGACGCGCUAGUCACGGAUGAAGGCGAAUUAGCGGUAUUAAGUGUCAGUCAGUGUGGUUGUGAGUCGUUCGCGUGGUCGUACGAUCGCGUCUUCCGGGACUAUCUCGUUCUUCGCGAUGGCCCGCACGACGUCGUUGAGGAUGCACAAGGCGAACGGCGCGAUGAAGCCGUCAAAAUAUCCGACGACGCGGACGUCGGCGAAUGGGCGGUACUCGUGUGA